GGCGGCGGCAUGAAGCAGCCCUUGAUUUGGAUCGACCUGGAGAUGACAGGACUGGAUGUGGAGUCGGACCAAAUCUUGCAGAUUGCCGUGAUUUGCACAGAUGGGGCGAUGGAGGAGGUAGUGGAGGGUCCAGAGCUAGCCAUCCACCAGCCAGAGGAGGUGCUGCAGACCAUGAAUGAGUGGUGUGUGGAGCAGCAUGGCAAGUCUGGGCUCACGCAGGCAUGCCGCGACAGCACCACAUCGCUGGCAGAAGCAGAGCAGCAGGUGCUAGAGUUUAUUGCGGGGAACAGCGUGCAUGUGGACCUGGCUUUCAUGCGCAAGCACAUGCCGCGCCUGGUGGACCACCUGAGCUAUAGGAUUGUGGAUGUCAGCACGGUUGGGGAGCUGUGCCGCCGCUGGUUCCCGCGGGAGCACAUGCGCGCCCCAAAGAAGAAGAACACCCACACCGCGCUGUCAGACAUCCGUGAGUCGAUUACUCAGCUCCUAUACUACCGCCGAUCCAUAUUCAAGAAA